AUGGAGAUAGAUUCAUUAUCGCUUGUUGACACGGAACUCAUCUCAGAUCAACAACCAGAACAACCUCAAGAGAAACCACAAGAACCAGAACCUACAGAACAAAAAGAAUCAGAACCAGAACAAACUAGAGAAGCUGUCCAGCCACCAGAACAAGAGAAAGAAGCUGAACCAACAACAGAUGAACAACAGGACAACCCAGUCGAUCCCGCUCUAAUUGAACAAGAAGAUCAAAACAAAGAACCUGAACAACCCCAACCAGAUCCAAUAUCAUUAGAAAAAGAACUUUCAGAAAUAACAGAAACAUUCACAGAUAAUGACUCAGAAACAGUGAUACGAAACGGUAUACCAAUCCCUAAAGAUUCCGCAUUAUUUCAAUCAAUAGACAUUUCUUAUAAUCCUUUACAAAAUUUGGAAAUAUCACCUUCUUUAUUGAUUAAGGCGAAUUUAGCUUCAUUACCAUUGACUUUACAAGCCCAUGAUUCAUUACCUAUCAGAAUCCAAUUCUUGAUACAUUCAAUCCCAUUAUUGGAUAAUCUAUCCACUCAAAUCCUAAGAAUGAUUGGUGUGGGCCCCUAUGAAGAAACUUUGGCGAUUAUUACAAGUGAAGAACCAACUCCAGAAGGUUUAGUUUAUAAAGAUCUUGUUGAGUUAUUUGAACAAGUUAAAAGAGUUUUCAGUGAAGAGGAUCCAUUUUUAGGGUUCCAUAACUUAAUUGAAGAUGUUGAUGGAUUAGAUUUGAUUAUUGUUAAGAGUUUAAAAGAAAUUGAAGAUUCAAUAGAUUCCGCUUUUAGGAAAACAAAUUUAGCUACUUUUUUGCUGGCAACUCUUGGUUCUAUUGAAGUUGGGUUCUUCUAUUUGAAUGAAUCAUUUUUGGAUGUUUUCUGUCCAACUCAUAAUAGUGGUUGGUUUAAAAAUAAUCAAACUAAUGCAACUUCUUCAGUCACUGCAGGUAAAUUACUAAAAGCCCAAGCUGCUCUUUUCUUGGAAUUGAAAACUCAAGCUUAUAUUUCAGCUUUAGAGUCUGGUGAUCGUUCCAAAAUUGAAGUAUUGGAGGAUAUUUUCCCUGAUGAUUUGAAAGAUCAAUUAUUGGAAAGAAGAAAAACUACUGAAUUAUCACCUGCUGAGCAAGACUUCUUAUUACGUUGCAAAUCACGCCGUGAAACUUUAUUAACAACUUCGGAUGAUCAAGAUUUAUCAGAACAUUACGAAUGGUUGAUUUUCCUAAAAGAAUUGUUUAAUUAUGUUUCCAAAAAUAUCGGAUUUUUGAUAUGGGGAAGAAAAGGUCGUCAUACAGUAUUGACAACAAUUGGUGCAGCUCUGGAUUCAUCAUCUCCAACAACACCAAAUAAUACAUCAGGAUCACCAUAUGCUUCAUUGUCAAAAGAUGAAUUACAAAAAAGACUUGAAAUUCAAAAAGAAAAAGAACGUCAACUUAAAGAACGUGAUGAAAAAGAAUCUCAACGAAUUGCACAAGAAAAACUGAAAAAGAAGCAACAGGCAACUUCCAGUACAUCGACAUCCUCAUCAUCACAACAACCUCCACAAAGACCUCCACCAACAACAACAAAUCCACCUCGUUUACGUCAUAUUCUUAGAAGACCAUGGUCAUCAGAAGAGGAAAACACAUUAGUUGAUGCAUUAAAGGAAACAGGACCACAAUGGUCUAAAAUCUUGGAAUUACAUGGUGCAGGUGGUUCAAAAUCUGAAAAUUUGAAAAAUAGAACUCAAGUUCAAUUAAAAGAUAAAGCAAGAAAUUGGAAAAUGGGUUAUCUGAAAAAUAAUGGUCAAGUUCCUGAAUAUUUAUCAAAAGUUACUGGUGAUUUAGGUGAUGAUCGUUCACAAAAAAAGAGAAAACGUGAAUCAAGUGCAAAGAGAAAUGUUGAGCAAAGUAGAGAAAGAGUUGUUCAACAGGAGAGUAGUAUAAGAACAGAAAAGCAUACAGAAAAGGAACAAGUGGAGACAACAACGACGGCUGAAAAUCCAGUAACAGAGAACUUUAAAUCAUCACAACCAACAGCAGAACCCACCGAAGAAACCACUUAA